UGCAAAGAUUUCUCAUCGAGAGAAGCAAAUGGAUGUCUCGUAGUUCGCAACACAAAAUCGAUAACUUUGACUCCUCGCACGAAAAUUACAUUCGAUAAUAUGAAGAGAGGGACAAAGUGCGUCGUACAGACCAUCAAUCUGUCCAACCCGAAAACAUGCGUGAGACCGAAAGUUCAGAGAAUCGUUAGCACAGAUGCGGAUUCCUUCCCCAAUCCUAAUCGCGCGAGUGAUUACCGGACCUCUAGACCGGUGGCAAUUAAAGUUGGCUCGUGGAAGGACGAGCAUGGGAAGUGUCCGCCAAAGGUGAGGGAAGGUUAUCAAAGUUGUCAAAGUUUGGGUCGGGUAUAUUACAUUCCACUUAACUAUUUAUAUGUCGUCUUUAUUCAUGCACAGUACCGUGAACCUUCUCAGGAGGAAUCUUCUCCGCCGCUCUCGACCAACGCAAUUCUUGGCAGGGCCGCGGCGUUUUUUAUAAAAGGAGCUAUCAUUGCCGGUCUCAUCUGUUGGACCUAUACGGAGGGUCUUUGGGGCGACAGCAGCAAAACGGAGGAUCUGUACCACAGAAUGACGAGUGUGAUUUUUCCCGAUCGGCCGGUAAGCAUAAAUUAAUUUAAAGCCGCUGGAGGAACUCUGGAUGCACGGGUUUCGCUUACCCUAACACAUUAUUUCUCUUUAAGCCUACGACAGAUUUGCCGCAUCUCGAGGGAAUAAAAUAUUCCGCGUUCGAGACGUACAACCGCAUGGUGGUAAAAGGUAUGGAUAUUAUCGUCAGCGUGCCGCGUGAGAUGUAUCAAAGACUGCGAGAUCUCUUAUUUUCAUGCGAUACAACGAAGGAAAUGGAGAGGAAGUGAGCGGAAUGCUCUGACGAGAAUUCAGCGGAAACGUAAUUUCGCAAAUUGUGUGUGUUAAAAUUCGAGAUAUCGCGUUGCGAUGGGUGCACGUACGAUAUUUUUCUUUCAAAAAGUUUGUACGAAGCUUUUGUCUUAAUAACGUGUGGAAUUUUAGUGAAAAAUGUGAAUUGUGAGAUUUUGUGAGAUGUUACAGAAAUUCCUGUAGUAUUCACAUGCGAAUAAACGCACUUGAGGAUA